CGCUUCUUCUUCGCUGGGUUUUGUAAUAUAUCAUCGUCACCAAUCUCAUUCAACUUCAUCGUAAUUCAAUCUGAGAGAAGAGGAGGAGAAGAUCAGAUUCGUCGUCGGCGUCAUCUUAAGAUCGAGAAUCAUUGGAAAUGUCUACAUUCAGUGGCGAUGAGGCCGCUCCUUUCUUCGGCUUCCUUGGCGCUGCCGCAGCCCUCGUCUUCUCCUGCAUGGGAGCUGCAUACGGGACAGCCAAGAGUGGUGUCGGAGUGGCAUCUAUGGGUGUUAUGAGACCUGAGUUGGUCAUGAAGUCUAUUGUCCCCGUUGUUAUGGCUGGUGUCUUGGGUAUCUACGGUUUGAUUAUUGCUGUGAUCAUCAGUACCGGGAUUAAUCCCAAGGCUAAAUCUUACUACCUCUUCGACGGAUACGCCCAUCUCUCUUCUGGUCUCGCUUGUGGUCUUGCUGGUCUUUCCGCUGGAAUGGCCAUUGGUAUCGUUGGUGAUGCUGGUGUCAGGGCCAAUGCUCAGCAGCCAAAGCUUUUCGUUGGAAUGAUUCUUAUCCUCAUUUUCGCUGAAGCUCUGGCUCUCUAUGGUCUCAUCGUCGGUAUCAUCUUGUCCUCUCGAGCCGGUCAAUCCAGAGCCGAAUGAGAAGAGAAUGCGGUUCUUCUUCUUGGAUUCUGCGUUGAUUCUUUCUUUGCUUUUUUUCGCGCGUCUUAUAUUAUUUCUCAGGUUAGUAGAGACCGCCAGUGGUUUUGCUACUUCUUAAAAACGUACUGUCUGCACGAAACAAAAACCACACAUCACCAAAGUGUUGUUCGUUUUCCACCCUUGUGUUAUGUUUGUAAUAUUCUUCUCUUCCCAGUAAGAGAGACACCCUCUUUUUUAUAUAUAUUUUUGUCAUUCUAAUAAAAUCACAUAAAACUCAA